CAAGCUGAGCCAAGAGUCUGGUUUUAAAGUUGGUGUUGCCGUCACACAUACACUCCACGCCAGAGCUGAUUCUUCUCGAGAAUAAGCUCCGUGGUUCUGGGAAGCAGAAACGACCUUGGGAGAAACGCUGUCCACCUCUUGAUCAUCUUGCUCCAUCACCACACCACCAUGACUUCUGAAGAAAAUGGCAAAGACCUGAUCUUCGAAGGGUACUUGAAAAAGCAAAAAGACAAGAUGAAGUUUGCUUGGGCAAAAUAUUGGUUUAGGCUCCAAAACACCACUUUAUUUUUCUUCACCGAUAAACAAUGUGAGGCAUGCCACCUCCGAGGGCAAUAUUACAUCUACAUGGUUCAGUCCGUGAGAGAAAAGGAAGACAGGAACCACGAGUAUCUAUUUGAAAUAGUCAUGAAGAACGGGAAGAAAAAGGUGCUGGCCGCGGAGAGCUCAGACCUGCGCGCCGUGUGGAUGGAGUUUCUGUGGAAGGCUAUGCAGCUUCCGGGGCCAGGGAAGAAGAACUCGGCCUGUACAUGGCACGACAUCCCCCACCUGAUUCAGCGGGCAGCCUCACUCUGUCCGAAUACUACAAAGCGGGAAGAUUCGACGGGAUCGCUGUACUCGACGGACACACAGAGCGAAGACUACACCCCAGACACCGUACACCUCGCGUCUCCUGUGCGUUCCCGCCAGACUUCAUCGACAGCCUCGGACUUAGAUGAAUCAUCGAACAUGAGGUGCAGCAACAUCACCUCUUCCAGUGAAGAGGGGGAGUCCUUGGAUAAUGAAGCCACAACCGCGUCCCAAGGGGCCGCAGGGGACCAAAGUGAACAAGAGGUGGAGACAGGAACUGUGCCUAGCCUGAAGGCAAAGGCGACUGACAGAGUGGACUGCCUUAGUGGAGUGUACAAUGUCCCAAAACCAGUGAGUGAGGAGUCAACAGUUCCCUCGGGUGUGCAGGCGCCCUGUGAAGAACUGUUCACCUCCAUACCCGAGGUCAACCUUCUAGACGAAAUCAUCUCAGGCUUCAGCCGUUCGACAUCCUGCUGGCUGGACUCACAAAACACCUCGAUUCCAUCCUAACACAGCUGAUGGACAGUAAGCGGGAGGAACGUCCUGGACGAGAUGAGAAAGCAGCCGUGUAAAGUAUUUUCCACGUUGAUCUAGUGGUGUGGUGACCCUGCUCAUCUGUCACUAGAGAAGCCACACGGCAGAAACCACACCACAACAAAGUCUCAGGAGCACUGAAAGUUAGCAAUGUUGGCACAGAGGUUGUGCCACACGAUCCAAAAGUAUUCAAGAAGGUGUUGAGCUGCAGCCUCCAUCGAGGUUGUGGCUCAAACUUAGCUAUUUUUUAUGUUAGGGGUGGUUUUGGGGACAGAGAGAGGAGUUAGGGGUCGGCUUAAUGUUUAGGGACAGGGAUUUGACGGUCAGAGUCUAGGCCUCCGUUCUGCAUUCAAUGGCUGGCAACGUGGAUGUGCGAUGAAGGACAUCUGUGGACGGAUGUUGGGUGUGCUGGGGUGGCCCUCAACGUUCACCACGCGUUCCAGCACCGACAUAGCAUGCCCAUAGUGCUCAGCAGAACAACAGUAGCAACAACCACAGGGGAAAAAGUCAAAAGUCAAAUCUAGCCCUGUUCCUCCCUACACACACGCACAAACACGCGCACGUGCACACACGCACAAACGCGCACACACGCAUGCACACACGCACACACACAUACACGCACGCACACACAUGCACAAACGCACACACACGCAUGCAUGCACACAUGCGCGCGCACACACGUACAUGCACACACGCGCACGCACACACACACAUACACGCGCGCACACACACGUACACGCACACGCGCACACACACACAUGCACACACACACGUACACGAACACACAUACAUGCACACACACACUCACACACGUGCACACAGACACAUGCACACACACACACACACACACACACACACACACACACACACACACACGCACACACACACGCACACACACCACCUCUAAGCCCCCAGACCCCGUUCCCUGAUUCUCAGACCUCCAAUCUGGACUUCACCCCAGGACUCACUGAUCAUGGGUUUGACCUUUGGUCGUCAACUUCUUGACCCAACUCCUCUGACCCUGGUGAUUCAAUAAUGUAGGAUAGAGUAAAUGGGACAACAUGGACUUUGUGGGCUGAUAUUUUUCUUUGACUGUGAUAUAUUUAGGUAUUCCAUGAGCACAGAGAUCACAUACAACCCAUCUGCCUGGAUUCCAAACUGUUUGCUUUAACCUUGACUGCACCUCUUGUCGUCCACGUUGAGUCUACAGAUGGUGCAAGUAUUGGGCUCGAUGAUUCUAUGGUUUUGUCUGAACUGUGCUGCUGUGUGAUGUGUUCCCAAUAAAUCUACUAAAGCAGGGGUGACCGUGGAGACACAAUGUCGAUGUUUCAGCUUGGGAUUGCUCUGUAACACCCAGAGAGACAGACAGAGACCAAGAGAAAACUGUUGAUUCAAGACUGUUUACUGUCACUCUUCAGUAUACGAGCAUAAAGGAGAACAAAAUGAUUAUAUUCUGCAUUAAAAACACAAUAAGCAAAAAGAACACAAUAAAAAACAAAAUAAAAACAA